AUGACCGCCACGUCGCAAACCCCGCGCUGGGUUCUCAAGAAAGCAGUUCUUGUUUAUGCAUCCGAUUUCGAGACGUUCUGUCGUGCUGACCUUAGUAUUGUCCAUGAUCAAGCUGCCAACCAAGGAUCUAUCUCCCUUUCAAUUCGGGCAGAUCUCACUAACCUGAGCAGCAGAUCACAGGCGCUGACCUUGAAUAUUCCCCCAGAAAGAGUGGAAGAAUGUACUUUAGUUCGGAAAAGCAGAGACAACCUUUUUCCAGCUGGUUUAUUUUCUAUGCUCCCGGCACCCGUCAAUAAUGUUUCGGCCGUAUCAACACUGAGUCUGAGCCUCGGUACAACCGGCAUUGUUCUUUGUCCAUCUGGGUUGGAGUCUUUAAGCCCAGCGACGCCAGGAGACGAGAAGAUUCACUCAUUUGCGAAGAUCUGUCGAUCCAGAUCUCUCCGUAUACACUUUUCCGGGCGACAGUUUGUGAAUAACGAACUUGAUAAGCUGCAAACCUUCUCCCAUGCCUUGCAACGAAGGAGUCUUCAGACGGUGUCUUUUAACCAUGCUCGCCAUGGCGUGGUCGAAAGGGAUUGGCGUGUCUUCAGUCUGCCGCCCGAUCCACCCCCGUAUUGUCAGGAGCCCGUGUCCGAGCAGGCGGAUCCACCUCUAUAUUGCGAGCAGGCGGUUGGAAAACGGCGCAGAGAUCCGCGGUCAAUGUCACCCAACGGUGAAGGACGAAAAAAAGUGCUCGUUCCAUCUCCUCAACCGAUAGGAUCUCCGACCGAAGUGAAUACGCCAAGUACUCUCUCCCCGUCACCACCCUCGAUUCGCCCAACCCACUUUACGCGUGUUUCUCCUGCCCCCACAGAAUCUAAGAAACUAAAGUUUCUUGAAGAUGAGCUGCGUGGUCUUUCCGAUGACCAAAUUCGCGAACUUUUAUUUCGAUCAGGACACCAACAUCUGCUAGCCAUACCCAAAGGUGUAGACCAUGAUCCUCAAUACGAUUAUGAGAAAGCUAGCUUUCCCAAGGACAAGGUGCUUGAGCGCCGGCUUCAACGAUAUGUUGAUGAGGUGGUUGAACGCCGACUUGAACAAUACGUCGAUAAGACGAUUGAGCAUCGGCUCGAACAAAACGUCGAUAGGGCCAUGAGUGAAUGUCGUGAUCAGAUCUACGGCGUAUACACAAUAAACGAAGCCGAAUUUCGUGAACAGGUUGACGAUGGUAACUCCGAGGUACGCAUGACGGCCGCCGAAUGUAUAAAUGAAAUUAUGGAACAAGCGCAAAAAUACACGCUUGAAAUGGAAGAACAGGCACAACAGUACAUAAAUGAUAUCGAGGAGCUAGGUAUGAAGGUUGAGAUGUCCGCGAGGAAGAAGCUCAAGCGACGGUUCACUGCUUCUGCUCAGUCCCUACUUGAUAGCAAGUCAAGCGCUAGCCAUGGGCUAGUUACUAAUGCUAGGCGCAGCUCCAUUUAG